GGCAGUUCUUAGAUGCAGAAGUGAAACCGGACUAGAGAUCUUUAUAACCGCACUUACAGUCACGCAGUGCCAUUAGUGCAUGCAAGUGACAGAAGAAGCAAAAGAGGCAGAGGAAAAAGGAGGCCAGUUACUAGGCGGGCAUGUUGGCUGAAGGUUUUCUCAGACUGCUGGUGUACAGGGAGGAGAGAAAGUUUGCCUCCAAUUCCAAGCAAAAGAGAUUGCAGACAAGUGGUCAUUGUGCCGAUCCAUCCAACUGUGCUCGCUCUGACUCGAGCUCUGCAGUCCCAGGGGUGCAUUCAGCAGAAGCAGGGAUCACAGAGGAAGAUCUAAACUCCAGCCAACCCCAGAUUCUCAAAGUGGUGCCUCAGAGACCUGUAGCCCUCUCAAUCCCCACUGACCUGUACCCCCUUUACAUAGAAGACUGUAGCUUGCUGGAACAGUAUCCAGACCUGCAGGUGGCUGACUCAGGCCGCAUCACGCACAAUCUACUGAGAACUGCUGUCAGCCAGCCUGAUUUCUGCAUCCAGUCUCCCAUCUCUCAAGUUUGUCCAAGCACAGCCCAGCAAGAGCCACAGAAUUCAGUCCCAUCCAUACCAGACCAGGGUUAUCUAGCAAUGGGGGACAGUGCGAACAUCAGCCUGGAUCUGCCUGGACUAGAGCCCAUGUCUAACUCGGUGCUGAACGGGCUGCUGGAGAAACAGCUGGAGGAGGUGUACAUGCAGCAUCUAACUGAGAACUUAGCUCGAUGCAACUCCCACCUGGGGAACAGCCUCCUGCACGGCCUGGUGCCCCCGCCGCAGCCUAGCAGCCAGUCAGAGGGGGCGGACUCAUUACUGGGAAGCAUGGAAGGAAGCACAGAAGACAGCAGCAGUAAAAUUAGCUAUCUGAACACCCAUAACUUAGUGCCCUGCUCCUCCAACUUCAGCUCCCCAGUGUUGAGGAUUUCAGAGGCGGAAAAUCCUCAUCCGCAAUGAUCCUGCAACAGCUUUAAAUAUAAUUGUGACCUGUCUUUGCUUUAGUGCUUCACACCCACGUUUACACACACACGAUUGUAUCCACUAUAUCAGUGCUAUUUUUAUACAAAGCCUUGCUCUCUUGCUUAAGAUGCCUGAAACUUAGCUGCUUUCAUAUGCCAUCUGCUGUUAGAUUUGAGUAUUACACCAUCAUGGAGCUACUUGUUAUACAUUCAAAUGGAUUUUACUGACUUUUAGUUGGGAAUGUGUUAAGUGUUUGAUUUAUAAUAAAGCAAGAUAUAACAAAGUAUCAGUUUGAUGUGGUUUACAACAGCGUUUUAUUAAUCUGUUGCUUUUUACCAACACCUGUAAAGCUAUCUUGUACCCAUUUACUUAGCAGAAAGCUGGAUAUUGACAUUUAUGUGUGCUAUGAAAAAAUAUGGUGUGCAAAAGUUUUUGCCACAAAAUAACUGAUUCAAGUGUGAUUACAAAAAGCCUUCGGACUGCCUGAUAUCUAAUAGUGGUCAGGAGAAAAGGGGGGCAUGAUAAUGCUGCCAUGUUGGCAACACAGAUUAAACACAACCCCACCGACAAGGCCCCCUUCAACACAAGCACAAACUUUACACGUUAUUGACCAGUUCUAUGCAAACGUGUCUGAUUAGGUUUGCAUGAUGAUUUCCACGGGUGUAUACAUAUCAUCUUGUUUGAUCUGCGCAGGCAGUUAAAGGCAUAGGAGAAAGCAGGUUCUACCUGUAGUCCUGAGACAUUCAAGUCAGGAAUGUCGGCAACUUCCUAUCUCAUCCAGAGAUGUUAUGUUGUUAAGUUAAGUGGUUAGGUUUUUGUUUAAAGGGACCCGAAGAUCACUCUAGCUUUGGCAUCAACUGUCAGAGCAGCAGCCUCAAGAAAUAUGAUUGAUCUGGCUGCUAAGGGGAAACACAAAUCAUCCUCACAAGUAGGCAUCCUGCAGUGAGGCUAAUGGUAAUUCAUUAACAUGCACCAAUAUAAUCUUUGGAAGCCUAAGGCAUGCUAUUCAUCUGUGAAAAGAGAUGCAAAACAGAGAUUUAACUGAGGUUAUCCUGUAAUUAUUUAGAAUUUAGAUUAGAAUUGGCAGUGUGAUCAGGCUUUGUUAUAUGUAGCCUCUGUGUGGAGAUUAUGGCAGCAUGGCUGCAGGAUGGCUGCUCUGUGGACUCUCUCUCUGCUGCUCUCUGCCAGUCUGCUGGGCUGUCUGGCCGUGACCUCUCCCGAUGGGAGCCCUCUGCCCCACAAUCUGCCCCCCUCGCUGGGCACCAACAGUAGUGAUGGCAGCCUGUCUGUGGAUCUGCCCAUGGCUCUGAGGGUGUUCAGCAUGGACUAUCACCACGUGCAGGCUCCCUUUGAGAUCGUGCUGUGGAUCAUGCUGGCCUCACUGGCCAAGCUGGGUUUCCACUGGUCAGGUCGAGUCCCUGCAGUCGUCCCCGAAAGCUGCGUCCUCAUCAUGGUGGGCCUCCUGGUUGGAGGUGUGAUCUAUGGCGUCCGCCACUCUGCUCCACCAACUCUCAGUGCAGAUGCUUUCUUCCUCUUUCUGCUGCCACCCAUCGUGUUAGAUGCGGGAUAUUUCCUGCCAGGCAGGCUGUUCUUUGAAAACCUUGGUACAAUCCUCUGGUAUGCAGUGCUGGGGACCUUAUGGAACGUCCUGGGCAUCGGCCUGUCUCUGUACGGUGUUUGCCUGCUGGCUCAGAGCUCACUAGGAGAUGUCUCUCUGCUCCACUGCCUGCUGUUUGGCUCCCUGAUCGCUGCUGUAGACCCAGUGGCGGUGCUUUCUGUUUUCCAAGAGAUGCAAGUUAACGAACAGCUGCAUAUCUUGGUGUUCGGAGAGUCACUGCUCAAUGACGCCGUCACUGUGGUGCUCUACAAGCUUUUUGAGUCCUUCCUCCGUCUGCCAUCAGUGUCAGGGCUGGACGUUUUGCUGGGGGGCUGCAGGGUGGUGGUGGUGGGAAUCGGAGGCUUGUGCGUAGGUCUCUUCUUCGGCCUGCUGGCAGCCCUCACCUCACGUUUUACCUCCAGGGCCCAAGUCAUCGCCCCGCUCUUUGUCUUCCUCUAUUCCUAUUUGUCUUACCUUACCUCAGAGAUGCUUCACCUCUCUGGGAUCAUGGCCAUAGUGACCUGUGCUGCUACAAUGAAACAGUACGUGGAAGCAAAUGUGUCGGAGCGCAGCAACACCAGCAUCCAGUACUUUCUGAAGAUGUGGAGUAGCGUGAGCGAGACCUUAAUCUUCAUCUUCCUGGGAGUGUCCACCAUACAAGACAUCCACAUGUGGAGCUGGCCGUUUGUGUGCUCUACGCUGCUGCUCUGUCUCAUCUGGAGGGCCACAGGUGUGCUUCUGCUGACCGCGUUUGUGAACAAGCUCCGGAGGAAUGCUGUGACCUUCCGAGACCAGUUCAUCAUCGCCUACGGUGGCCUGAGAGGGGCAAUCUGUUUUUCCCUGGUCUUCCUGAUUGAUGACUUCCCAAAGAAACGACUCUUCAUCACCACUACCAUUGUGGUCAUUCUCUUUACGGUAUUUGUACAGGGGAUGACCAUCAAGCCUCUGGUGGAGCUACUGUAUGUGAAGAGGAAGAAGAGAGCUCUGCCUACUCUCAGCGAGGAGAUCCACAGCAGGCUCAUAGAUCACCUGGUGGCAGGAAUAGAGGACGUGGUCGGCUACUGGGGGCAGCACUACUGGAAAGACAAGUUUGAGCAGUUCAACAAGAAGUACCUUCGCCGUUUCCUCAUCCGUAACGACCGCCAGGCUAGCUCCAGCAUCCUCAGAGUUUACCAGGAGCUGGAGAGACGGGAGCAGAGGGGAGUCGAGGAGGAGGCCCCGCCGAUAGUGGAUCCUCGCUCCCAAGGGCGACCUCUGCUACCGGAGGAGAUGGAGAGCAUCAGGCGCAUCCUCUCAAGAAACCUCCAAAACUUCAACAACAAGACACCAGCCUACAGCAGACACACCCUGCACCAGGACACAUCGGUGGACAGAACAAGGAAGCCCCUUUACAGACAUCAAAGUCUGGGAGAAAGAUACUCAUACAACACAAUCACACACUUUCAGGGGGAGGAUGGUGGGCUAAGUGAGCCGCAGAGAGUGAGAACUGGACUUAGCAGAUCUCACACAGUGUGCUCCAUAAGCCCUCGAUCCACUCUCCUGGACUCCUCAGUCUCAGCUGGCCUGGCUCAGACUAGAUCAACGGAUCCAAGAGAAGACCUAGUCUCUCCAAGACAUCAGGAAACCGUGGAGAGAGCCGCCAGGAAACACCUCAGCUUUGUUUUGGAGAAUGAGAAGCAGCAAUGAAUGCAGACUGUGAGACACAGGGAGGGAGGGAGGGAGGGAGGAAGAAAGCAAAACAUAUGAAAGCAAAGAACUCAGCGUGUUCCAUCAUUUGAAGUGAUAAGUACCUCGUAUUCCUUUAAGCACAGAGUUGUGAGGUGCAAAGCAGAACUAGUAGAAGUCUUCAGCAAUUUCAUGGACGCAUCCCAAGUAAAUUCCUCAUAAAAUGAAUUUAGUGGUUUUAUUUAUUCAGAGUGUUUGCCGGCUACAAUAAAGCUUUUCUCAGCUCCAUGUUUCACCUCUUGAACAACUCUUGCAUCUCCAGCCUAAUUCAUUUUCAAAGCGCCAUUCCCAGAGUAACACCAACAUUACAAAUACCUUGCAGUCAUAAAUGCUGAUACCUGCUGCCCACAACGUCCUCACGCCAAUCUUUCCUCUCCUUGUUUCCUUUACAAAUGCGCAGCAAAAUACAUACACUGGUAAUCUGACGAGGACAGGCUUGCUGCGUCCUAAAAUAACUCCUGUCCCCCCCACCUCCCUCCGUCUGACCUC